CAUGAUGGUGGGGAAGUGUUGGAACGAGCGCCUCCUCCCGGGGUGUUGUGCUGUGGUCCACCGUCGUCUGCCAUGUUCCUCCUACACAGGGCUCUCAUCACUCGCCGAUUGGCUGGCGUUGGUGUAAGAUGCUGUCAGAAGCACACACUACCUGACCUGCCCUAUGACUACAAUGCCCUUGAACCAGUUAUUAGUGCUGAUAUUAUGCAACUCCAUCAUUCCAAGCAUCACCAAACCUAUGUCAACAAUCUUAAUGUUGCUGAAGAGAAAUUAGCAGAAGCCACUGCUAAAGGUGAUGUGAGCACGGUAAUAUCACUUGCAGCAGCCCUGAAAUUUAAUGGUGGUGGCCACAUAAACCACACAAUUUUUUGGAAGAACUUGUCACCAGAUGGCGGAGAACCCGAAGGGGAAUUGCUGGCAGCCAUCAACCGUGACUUUGGAAGCCUUGAUGCCUUGAAGAGUCAGCUUUCAGCAGCAACAGUAGCUGUACAGGGUUCGGGUUGGGGCUGGCUAGGAUAUAACAAACAGAAGGGGGCUCUGCAGAUUGCUACAUGUCCCAAUCAGGAUCCCUUGGAAGCAACUACUGGCCUUGUUCCUCUCUUUGGUAUAGAUGUGUGGGAACACGCAUACUACUUACAGUACAAAAAUGUUCGGCCUGAUUAUGUGAAUGCCAUCUGGAAAGUUGCAGACUGGAAAGACAUCUCUGCCAGGUUCAAUUCAGCCAAAUAAUUUUGUGCUGUGAAGGUUUGGUACAUAUGUUCCAAUACUGUAUAUAUUAUGCCACAAAUUCUAUCAAUCCCUUUUGUAGUACAUAGUAGUUUACAUUCAAAUUAUUGAAAAAAACAAAUAUUCUGUUGGCUGUUUAAAGUCAUCUGGCUGUGCUUCAUUAUAAGAUGGAAAUUUCUGAAAAAUUUAUUUUCAUUCGAAUAAAAAUGCUUUAAUGCUCAUGUAUUUUUUCAAUGAUCCUUCAAUUGUACUUCACUAUUGUACAGUACAGUAUAUAACUGUUAUAACAGGUCUUUUACAAGUAAGUUAAGAGUAACUUACAAUGCUACACGUACAGUGAUCCCCCACUAAUGUGCUACUCGGUAGUAAUUCAAUUAGGCAUUAUCUGUACAGUAUGUGUUAUCAGGCAGAGUUCUCUCCCAGUCACCAGCCAUGUUUCCCUAUAUCACAUGUUACACAGGACAGUUUAUAGUGAAGUGUACUAGUUCUGUGUACACAUUAUGAUAUUGGCUCUCAAGUGCCCUGUACAGCCUUUCAGUGAUACUGUAGCCAUUAAAGAAGAUUUCAGUUUAGAAAGAAACAGCCACAGCCAACCAGCACCCUGGAAAUGAGAAAGCUUCAUUCAUAAUGAAUCUCACUACACUAAGAGCGUGCCUGCCCACCACGGCUGGCUGUCACACAAUGCCAAUGUUCUGCCUCAAUUGCUGUCUUCAAAAGUACUGUACAAUAUUUAUUAGGUGAAUAUAUUUGAUUUUAGUUUGAAAUAUAAAACUGAAAUGUAUAUGCAGUACAUUAAAAACAUAUAUACCUGUACAAUACUGUUGUUCAAAACUGUAUUUUGAGUGGGAUCAUGUUUUUGAAGAACCUGAACUUAACUCUAUUUCACAUAAGAAGUUACCUUUGCUCAUACUGUACUGUAUACAACUUUGCUCUUGUGUGGCCCCAUUUCAUACCUUACCUAGAACAUCUGCAAGGGAGCACAUGAAAUUCAUGUCAAUUCUUAAUGAUGUUUUUUAAUCUACUGUUUUGUUUAAAUUGUUUAUCUUUCAUUACUAUUAAUCAUUUUACCACACUCAUCAAGUAGAGAAAUGCAUGCAUGUACAGUCAAAGACAAAAGUCAUGUCGCGGUUUUGACCGAAGAUUAAAUAUAACUCGUGAAACAUUAUGAGAGCCCUACCACAACACAGAGCGCACCAAAAGUUUUAGCCCUCGGCAUAUGUUUUCACCAAAUUUCACGACACGACUUUUGUCUUUGACUGUACAUGUAUACAUAUUCUGCAUUCCUCUGCUUGAUGAGUGUGGUAAAAUGAUUAAUAGUAAUGAAAGAUAAACAAUUUAAACAUAACAGUAGUUUAAAAAAUAUCAUUAAGAAUUUACAUGAAUUUCAACAUUUAUGUUACAGUAACUUUAAAAGGCAGUAAAAUUCCUCUUGAGACAGUUUCCAAGAGUUCGAUUUCUCCUUCUACAAUAAUUAUGACCUGUAUCUCCAUUUCAUGCUGUACUGUAAUCUUUUUUUAAAACAAUUCAAGACAUUUAAUGCUUUCUCAUUUGUAUAUUGAAAAUAUAUGUUGACACUGUUUUGUAGCAUGAAGGAUAAUAUUAUACAGUGUAUGUUAUGUGGCCUUAACAUACAUUUAUGAGUUUUGGUUUUUGUUCUUAAAAUGCUGACAACUAUUUUCAUUGCAAAUACAAGUAGAGUAAUGCAGCAGAAACUUUUUACAACUUCAUAAAAAUUCAAGUAAGGAUUCUUGUACAGUAUACUGUAUAACACUGAAGGAUAGAAAACAGAAUUUAUGUAAACUACAAAUGAAAUUUAUGGAAUUAUACAUAAGUCAUGAGUACAUAGUGAUGUAGAGUGAAUUAGGUUAACAAAGAAUUGAUAGGUCUAAUGAAAAAUAGUAAGGGUGCAUUUCAUAAAGCAUUCAUGAUGUUUAUCACCUAAUAAGUGAAGAGCUAACUGUAGGCCUUACACUGGAUAACACUUCACCCUUUGGUGGCUCUUUGACAAAAAUUUACUGAAGCUUGAUGUGAAUAACAUCCAGUCAAUACAUAUGUGUCAUGCCCAAAUUUUAUGAUUCCUGCUUUGCUCAUACAUUAGUGACAUUAUUCAAUAGAAUUAGCUAGGAUGAUGUACUACAAGUAUUGAAUAAAUCUUUUCAUUAUU